AUGGAGUCCCCUUUCGAUUCAUAUGUGAAGCGUAAGAAUGACGGUUGUAGCGAAGACUUAUUGAUGGAUAACGUAAUGAUUCGAAUUAGCACAUUUGCCAAUUACCCAUCGAACAGUAUAUCUACAUUUAGGCUUGCGAGAGAAGGGUUUUAUGUUGUCAGUGGUACCAGUGACACAUUGGCAUGUUUUGAGUGUAAAGCUAAAGGUGCUGGUUUCAUGACCGACGCUGAUAAUGUAAAUGGUAUUCACAAUACGACAUGCUCGUUCAAGAAAAUACUCCCUAACCAGCCGGUGGUCGAGCCACUCGAUCCCAUGGAGAGACGUAUCGCAGGAGCCGCAGCAGCUAUAGCGCUACAACAAGUACGACCACCCGAAGAUCUAACGAUGCCUCAACCCAAAGAGUCAACGCCACCUUCGCAUACAGAACUCACACUACCUAAACCCAAAGAGUCAAGGUCGCCUCCAGUCGAUGACCUAACAGCACGUCCACCCAGGACGUCAAAAAGAUCUCCACCCGAAGAACUACCGUUACCUUCGCACGAAGAGCUAAUGCUACAGCCGCCCAAAAUACCAUCUCCCACAAAGGCUCCCGCAGCAACGUUUGUGCUGUUUACUCCCUAUACACAAUCCACUCCAGCGAUAUUCCGCCCAACAUUCGAUAAAACUUUGGAUGUCAUUGAAGAUCCUCCAUCACCGGCACCAACAGACGUUCUUCCACCACCAAUCGAUAAAACUUUGGAUAUCAUCGAAGCUCCUUUAUCACCGAUGCCAACAGACGUUCUUCCACCGCUAAUCGAUAGGACUUUGGACUACAUCGGUCCCGAUCCAGAAAUUGUUAGCGAGUCGUCUGUACCGACACCAGAGCAAAGAUCGCCAGACGUUCUAAAAUAUGCCGACAUACAAUACGAGGUCGCCAAGUUAAUGGCUGGAUAUAAACGAGAAAUGUGGAGUACGGAACCAAUUCAUAAUGGUAUGGUGAAUGAACCCGAUCGUCUCAAAUCGUUUUCAAUGUGGCGAUGUGUUACCGGAACGACGCCAACGACACAUAGCUUAGCGAACUCAGGUUUUUUUUAUAUCGGAGACAACGACUCUACAUCAUGUCACCACUGUGAUCUUAAGUUAAAGAACUGGGAACCCAAAGAUAACCCUUGGAUCGAGCAUGCUCGCUGGCAACCACGUUGUGAUUUUUUACUUAAGGCGGUGGGGUCACGAUAUAUCGCCACUGUACAAGCCGCAGCCAAGACCGAUUCGCAUAUGUCAUGUUCCAAAAUCUCACAGAUAUUAAAGGAAGCUAGAGUCGGGAAUAAUGUCGCAACAGAUCUUGCGAAUCACCCUGCUGUGAUAGACCAUAUUAGCAAAGGGUAUGAUAGUAAUCGAAUAGCAAUUACGCAUAAGAUGAUAAUUGCCGAUGCAUCAUUUAAACAUGUUACAAUGAAUGAUGUCGCGAACGCCAUUCUAGACAAUACAUUUACACAAGCUCGAGUGGGAUCUCAACAGAAUGGAAUUACUAAAGAUGAGCUGAGACUAGUCAAGGAAUCCAAACUUGCUGAUUUGGAAAAAUUAUUGAAUGACAAUUCUAAUGAUUCCUUGUCAGAUGUACAAAAACAAUACAUCGAGUUAAAGCGUCGGAUAAUUUGCAAAAUCUGUAAGAAAGAAGACGCUUGUCUCGUUUUUUUACCAUGUGCACACUUGUCUGCGUGUAGCCCGUGUUAUUCUAAAAUGAAAGGUCGCAAAUGUCCAUUAUGUAACGCUACUCACAGGAGCACCGUAAAGGCUUUCUUGACGUAA